CUGGGCUGCGGUGGGGUUAAGAGGGGGGCUGGUGCACUGCGCCUUCAUCCAGCUGCUGCAUCCCGAGCGCAGGGGGGAUGGCGGAGCUGCCAGCUCUUCCCUUCACCAUACCGACUCGCCCGCUUUCGGAGUUAACAGAGAGACCGCCGGAGCCUCGUUGGUUCUCUUAAGCGAGCGCGAGACGGACCGUUAGGAAAUUCAAAUCGCGUCUCCCAGCAACAGCCUAACGGCUAACGGUUUUUUCCUCAGCCCCUGCAUUCAGACGGGAACGCUGGGUGAUGAGAGGAUUUUACACCGAGAGCUGAGAAAGGCGCUUUGUGCUCACUUGUAAAAUUACACACAUUUUAGACAUGAAGGGUCGCUUCUGUGUUUUUCCGAGGCUGCUAUAACUGUUACUUAGCCGCCGUUAGCUCACUGGAAGCACUCGGGUUCGCUCGUAUCGUUUAGCUCACCGUUAACCUUCAAGCUAACGUCAAUGACAGCUAGCUAGGUUAGCGCCGUCGCACGGCUCAAGAUUUUCGUCGAUAUUUGUCACCGUUUAAGCAUUUUUAGAGGGAUGAAAGAAGGAAUACGAAAGAAGAAGGGGACGAACGACUCGUUGACAUCAACCCGCCGGACGCGUGUGAUUCCCGGCUGCUUCAGGUGUGGAGCCGCCGCCAGUUAAGUGAACGUUAGUGAUCAGGGAUCUCCCUCAUUUCUCGCCCCGUUUUCUCCGCCAGCCCCACUCAUGAACAUGGCUUCUGCAGCCAGCAGCCUCGCCUCGGCCAUCGCCAGCAAAACAAAAACGAAGAAAAAGCAUUUCGUGUCGCAGAAGGUGAAGCUGUUUCGGGCCAGCGAUCCUCUGCUCAGCGUCUUAAUGUGGGGAGUGAACCACUCGAUAAAUGAACUCAGUCACAUUCAGAUCCCUGUUAUGCUGAUGCCUGAUGACUUCAAAGCAAACUCCAAGAUAAAAGUGGACAAUCACCUCUUCAACAAAGAGAACAUGCCAAGCCAUUUCAAAUUUAAGGAGUACUGUCCUCUUGUCUUCCGGAAUCUAAGGGAGAGGUUUGCCAUUGAUGAUCAGGAAUAUCAGAACUCUUUGACGCGGAGCGCGCCAAUCCCCAGCGAUGCCCAGGGCCGAAGUGGCGCUCGCUUUCACACCUCUUACAACAAGAAAUACGUCAUAAAGAUCAUCACCAGCGAAGAUGUGGCUGAGAUGCACAACAUCCUGAAGAAGUACCACCAGUAUAUAGUGGAGUGCCAUGGCAACACACUGCUUCCACAGUUUCUGGGCAUGUACCGCCUAACUGUGGACGGAGAUGAGACUUAUAUGAUUGUCACGCGCAAUGUCUUCAGUCACCGCCUGCCUGUCCACAAGAAGUACGACCUGAAGGGAUCCACAGUGGCCAGGGAAGCUAGUGACAAAGAAAAGCAGCCACGCCCACCUGACGAUGGGGCUCCACCCAAAUCUCGUAUGAGCCAAAAGCUACAAACCAUCCGGAUCGCCACGCGCUUUUACUGCGCCAUCAGACACACUAAGGAGCUCCCAACUUACAAAGACAAUGAUUUCAUCAAUGACGGCCAGAAGAUCUACGCAGAUGAGGAGAGCAAGAAAGUGUUCCUGGAGAAACUGAAGAAUGAUGUGGAGUUUCUAGCCCAGUUGAAGCUGAUGGACUACAGCCUGCUGGUGGGGCUCCAUGAUGUGGAGCGGGGGGAGCAGGAGCAGCCAGAGGAGGAAAGUGAGGAUAAUGAUGCCGGAGAGGAAGAGGGGACAGAGAGUGACGGAGGGGUGACAGGGACCCCACCUGAUAGUCCCAGCAAUACACUUGACAGCAACAAACCUCUAGGCCCCGGGGAGUUCGACCCCAACGUUGAUGUCUAUGCCAUCCGGAGCCAUGAGAAUGCACCCAAAAAGGAGGUCUACUUCAUGGCAAUCAUAGACAUCCUCACACCUUAUGAUGCUAAGAAGAAAGCAGCUCAUGCAGCUAAGACGGUGAAGCAUGGGGCCGGAGCAGAGAUUUCAACAGUUAAUCCGGAGCAAUACUCCAAGAGAUUUUACGACUUCAUCACCACCAUUUUGUCCUAACUGCUGCCUGAUGUCUCAGGAUAGGGUUUAGUAGAUAUUUUGAGGUGAAAGCAGAACAUGGAAGCCUCCACCACUACAGAGAGGUUUCUUAUGGGAUCCUGGGAGUUUUACUGGGAUCUGUUUGUUUACAUUUAAUUUUCCUGUGUUUUGUUUGGCUUUUCCUAAAAAAUAAAUACAUAAAUAAAUACAUCGGUUUAUGGUACCAAGCGGUGGAUGGACAAAUAUCAUGUACUUGUGCGUUAUACUGUGCUGUACCUCUGUAUUAGAUAUCGUUGAGUGGGAUGUUGAGUGCUGUUAUUGUGCGUUUAUCUGGAAUCCUCAGAGCUGCUUUUUUAUUCUUAUUAUGUUUUAGUUUACAGCGAGAAAACGUCAUCAUAAGUGGGCGAAUACCUGGGCCCAGGACUGAGAAGGAUUUUCAGUGGGGGAUUGAAAUCUUGAAACCCAUCCAUCAUAUCCAUAGAUUAAUACAACUGCAGUUCAAAUGAUAAGUUCAAGACCACAUAUCUGGUCAUUGUGGAUUAUUUUGUGUAAAUGUUUUAUUAAGCACUUGGGAAUAGAACUAGAGAGAAAGGAGACUUUUCCAGUCCAUUUAGACUGCUGAAUGAACAAUUGUGCUCCAGUUAAUUUCAUAUUUGGACUUAGAUUUUGUGCCAUCUGCACAGUUCAUUGUAGGGGAGUUGAACUCCAACAGAGCAGAAAACCUAAAGAUGUUUGCACAUGAUCUAAUGCACCAAAAUAUUUAUGCAAAUUAUACCAAUUUUAUCACAGACUCGCAGGGAGUCAUGCAAUAGUAGUGAGAUGGUGUGUUAAAUCACACAUUAGAGUAUAGUAGACAACAGGAGAAUUAGAAAUAUUAGCAUUGUCACUUUUUUAUUCUCGAAGAACGAGUAAAGCAUUCUUGUUGUGUAAUAAGCUGAUAAUUAGAGAACGUUUUAUGGGAAAGUAUGCAUAUAUUUUUACAUCCCUUUCUUUGGAACAGUGCAUUUGCGAGUUUAAAUUGGACUGUGCUUCCAGUGGGAACAAUGUUGGGUUUUUUUUUAGGAGUUUUUGCUGCUGUAGAGCGUUUUGGUGAAACUGUAAGAACUGAGAAAAUCUCUUGGUCUUGCUCUCGUUGUUUCUCUCAAACUUGGUGUGGUCUGAGUGACCUCGAGUAUUAUAUAAUCACAUAGAAAUAGUUACACUGUAUGUUUUUUUCUUGAAGAAUAUCAUUCACAAAGUAAGAAACCUGAAACAUUUGACUGUACGUGUUAACAUCAAUAUCUACACUGUGCGAGGGUGUGCCUUUUUUACUCGGAACUAUUUAAUUUUGUAUUUGAAUCUUUUUUUUAAAUAAAACGUUAUUUUCUAAAAAGGGAGAGGCGAAUGGGACGAAUCCCGAGGUGGUUGUACGGUUCCUGUGAUCUGUAAAUAUCUUCGUGUAUAAUCUAUUUGUGAUCUUAUGACUGAAUGUUGCUGUACUAAAGGUACAACCGUUUGCCAACUUCAGAGCUAAUCCAGCAAAUCUGUCUCAAUGUUUGACCGAUGUUGAAGUGCAAUGUUCUGUUUCUCUGCUUUUGAAAGAGACAUCUGACGUGUCACAGUGAAGUGCUGGUUAUAUCAAAUCCUUUUGGAAAUUUAUUGAGACAUUUAUUCUGUAUUACUGUAUCAGAAUCUGCUUUAUCAGCUACCAACUAAAAGAGACUGUAAGCCAUGUUAACCGCUUUUUGAAAAAGGCAGAUUUUUUUUUAAGCCUGAAAGCGACACAGCGCUACGGAAGACCUCAUGGACUUUUACUCCUGUAACGUUGCCUCACGGUUUGUGAUGAAUUUGAUAUCCGUCCAUUACAUUUGAACCUCGCUGAGGCAAAAGACAUUUUCUUCCAUGAGUUUUCAAAUGUAUAAAAACCUUCUUUCCUGAAAAUGCUCAGUUCUACUUUGUCUCAACCUGUUUGAUGUUACAAGCUCAACACUGAAAGGGAGAAAACUUCCAGGUUGUGUUGUGUGAACCUGAUACCUGCAGAAGCAUUUUAUAGAGGGGAAACAAAGACGGAACCCUUUAAGAGAAUCCUGUCAAAGACGCCUAACAAGGUCUGAACAGCUGUCAGUCUAUUCGUCAUUGUUGUUAUUCAUGUCAUGAAUGCGUACGGUUUUCUCAUGUGUAUGUGCGGUAUUCAUUUUUUGAGGCACUGUUCCAUCAGCAUCGCUCAAUAAAAGGAUGCUUUGCUCACACUGA